CGCCAUGCCGUGACUGCCGCAGCCAUGCGCGCUCUCCGCCCCGCCAUGUUCUUCGCCUCCUCAGCCAAGAGGAAGAGCGCGGUGGAACUGCUUCAGGAAAGCAAGGCGUUCUACGUGAAGUCCGAGACGGUGUUGGACCGCCAGCAGCAGCUCAAGCACUCUGGCCACCUGCAAGUCACCGCCUCUCCGGGCGUCGAUCCGCGGCUCCUCAGGGCUCCCAGGUAUAUCCACCAGCACCACCACCACCACCAGCACCAGCAGCAGCAGCACCACCACCACCAGCAACAGCAGGCGGCGACCACGCAGGUACUCGCGAGCCCGGGCCAGGGCCCCCGGCCAGCCCCGCCUCCCGUGCCACCUCGCAGCCCCCGUGCCGCCGCCCCCGCACAGCGCCGCAGUGGGCCACACGCCACCGGGGGCGACCAACUACAGACCAAGCUGCGCCGCCUCCUCAAUGCGGACUCCAAGGAGAACGUCUUCGUGCCACCCUCUACUUCGCCUCCGACUGCACCCACGCCGCCGCCACCGCUCUCGCCUCCGUGGGACGAUUCCGAAGUCAAAACGGUUGCCGGGGAUGAGCACUCUCUGUCUUGCAGAACAUCUGGCUGCAGCAGACAUCAUAAGUCCCUCCCAGAUCUGCAUCAGGCUGCAAAUACUACUGGUGGCACACAACAUUCACAGACUCCAGUACAUCCUCAGCCACAUGCCACCAGCUCUGGGUCUAGCAGCAGACACUCAACAAGAUGCUGCACAAGAACUCAGUCUAUGGGUUCUGCUAUGAGUACUACUUCAUCUGGUGGUCGAAAUCAAGGUCAAAGGAACAGCUCAAGACACAGUUCACCUUCCAGGAACAGCAUUAAAAAAAAUAACUCAUAUGAGGAAGAAUCUGCUGAUGAUGAUGUAAGGCACCCACCAACGCCAAACUGCAAGGAAAGAGUAGUAACACGGAGACCUGUAGAGGGACCUCCAAGUGCUAGUAGCUGGAGUGAUAGCGGUCCGGAGGAACCACUUUCUCCCACAAGUCAUCACAGGUUUGAUGAUGAUGAAUGGCGAGCAGAACGUCAUCACAGGCCAAUUCUCCGAUCGAAGUCUGACAUCAGUCAUCGAUACUCCCGUGGGCCACCUCCACUUGUUCCAAGGCCUGAGCCAAAAACCAUUGAACAGCUUGAGAAAUUUUUUGAGCAACUGGGACUUGACACAAGAGAUUACAGAUCAAUGUCAACACCUAUGUCUGGUUCGUCAUCACCAGUCUACUUUGAAAGUGUCAGCUCUGUAGACUCUGCUGUUGCAUGGGGUCCAUGGGGAAGUGGAAGCACUAGUGGAAACACACCACGUCAGGCUGAGCAGCCUUCCAUCGUUGAACGAAAUGCGAGAAUUAUCAAAUGGCUGUGCAACUGUCGUAAAGCUCAGCUCGCAGUGCGGACAUCCAGCUGACUGUCUUGUGUGAAGCUUGGAUGGCUUUGAGCAAACCUGGCUUAUGCCACAAGUGACAAUACUGCAUUGGAUCCUGCACAGUGGGAUGGACCCCUGACAAUAUUUAGCGAAGCAUUAUUUUGUUUCUGUCCUCUAACUUACAUGAAAUGACUGGAAUCUCUUUCACAGUAAAAGCAGUGAUGGUGCUUUAGAAUAUAUCGUUACUUGUCAUUUAGAAGAAUAUGAAAUGUCAAGUGAAAGCUCUCUUGGGUCAAAAGUUAGAUACUUGUGACUGCAAAUACAAUGUGAUGUGAGAGAGACCAGCCAAGUUAAUGAAGUUCUGUUACACCUUGAAAAAUAAUGAAUCUUAAAAAAUUAUUUAAUGAAGUUUAUAGCACUGGUUCCUUUGUUUGUUGAGGAUUCACUUACAUCACUGGAAGUAUAAAAAACUGAAAGAGCAGCUUUAAAAAAUAGGAAUGGAAAUGUUUAGAAUGUACUUUUUCUGAAAUAAUUUGCAUUGUGAAAUACUCUGGCAGUUUUAUUGUAAUUUUUAUUACACUUUAUUGUACUCAUAAAAUGACAAUAUCACAAAUUUGCAACAAUUGUAAUUUUAAUAAUAAAUUAUAAUUUUUGACUGAAAAUUAAGAGCUGGACUGGACAGUAAUACGAACAACAAAUUUUACAUUAUUUUUAUGUAUGCUGUAACUUUUUUUAUAUGUAGGCUGCGGCUAAAGCUAUUUUACUCAAAUUUUAAGUAAAAGAAAUUUCAUUUUAGAGAAUUUUAACAGACUAGUUCUGGUAAAUAAGUGAUUGUAGUUUAGAAGAUGACAUAUUGAAUGGUUGACAAGUGUGAUGUGAUAUAGGACUCUAUACAACACACUUUAUUAUUUGUUCAGAAUAUUUAAAAAAAUAUACCAAAGAAUACAAUAUGUAAAUAAACUGUGGCUAUGAGAAAUUAAUUAAAUUUCCUGAGCUGUCUAAAUGAGCUCCAGGUGUAGUUUCAGUGUAUGCUGUGACUUUCAUUGUAGGUGUUGUAAUUACCUAUUUCUAAGGUAACUCUAUGAUAGAAUUUUUAUGCUGUGACUAUGAGGUAUAGAUUCUGUAAUAACAAAAAUGUUAAAAUUAAGAUUAAUGGACUGGAAAGCACUCUCACUAUUGGAGAUUAGACCAUUUUCUCUAUCUUUUGCUGUUGAUGUGUGUAGUUAUUCAAUAUUAUUAAUGUACUACCAGUCAAAACUAUGUUUGUGCACUCUAUAAAUCCAACACAGACUUAAUAGAGUCGAAUGAAAUGGCAAACUAACACAAAUGGCAUUACAGAAUAACUCGGAGAUUAACAGUGCUAUGGCAGGAACCUUUUCAGAGUUACAUGAAUUCAAAAUGAUACUGGUCACUGUCAUGACAUUGUACCGAUAGUGCAAUUUAUUGUUUCCCAAUUAUGUAAACGAGUUAAAAAUCCAUUUCAUAAUGUGUUAAAAUGCAAAGUAAAUCCAUAACUCCGUCUUAAGAGUGUUUAUAUUCUAACUUAUUACAAAACCAGCAUUAAAUAACAUCACCAAUUCAUUGUAAGGAAAACUGAAAAAAGAUUACUAAUAAGUGUUAAUAAGUAUGUGCAGAUUUGUUGAGAAUAAUUUAAUAUAAAGCAAACAGACAGGACAGUUUCCUGUGCUUUCUGGUACUUUUACAUCACUUUUUCAAGGCAGCAUCACUUGUUUCAGUGUCAAAAUAUCAUGUGUGAUUGCAAUUUAGAUCAUGGACUGAUCUGAAUUCACUAAUAUGAUUUUCAAAUACCAGUUAUUCAUUAGAGUCAUUAUCAAUUAAAUGUACUUCGUAUUGUUCAGCUUGACUGCUUCUUCUAUACAGAACAUCAAUUUUAAGAACAUCUACAAUCAAAACUAACUGCUGUUGGUUCUAUGAAUGCAUGUAAAUGUGAAAAGCUUAAGUGCAUUGAUAUAUAAAUGAAGCAGAACAUAAACAUGACUUCAGCACCAUUAAAACUUGACAGACUAACAGUACCACAUAUAACAGUGAUAUUAAGAAACUGGAUGUUUUCACAAUGCAUAGAUCAGAUCUCAGUUGUUUUUAGUGAGAAUUAUGUACAUUACAUUGGUAACAUCCUUAAUUUAAUAGAACAGUGAGGUAUGACUGUUUGAUAAUUCCCAUAACAAAUAAAGUGAUGAAUUGGUACAUAAUUUUUUCUCCUUAGUGGCCUCUAAAAGUGCAAAAAUCAAGGUACUGAGUGAAAGAUUAAAACAAACAUACAUUUCAGACCAACGUCUAUAAAACUGUUUCAUGCAAAGACUCAAUGUUGAGUGAAUGAUAGUUAAAACAAACAUACAUUGCAGACCAAUGUCUAUAAAGCUGUUUCAUGUAAAGAUUUUUUUAACUGUUGAAAUGCGACUAAUAUUAAAUGAUUUAUCAUUUUAUGUGAUCAUCAUCUCCUGUAGGUGAUUCAAGUGUUAAAGUAAUGUAAGCAAGGGAAAAAAAUUAUGAUUUUUUUCUUAGCUUUAUUGCAUUAUUCCUGUUAUUUCAUAUAUAUCAAUAUGAUUAUUGUUCUGUUAAGCUGUAAUGAGGUGCAUAACUGUAUACAAAAGUUACUGUUAUAUUUCUGCAACUGAGAGCAAAUA